UAAAACCACCUAAGGUUUCUUACGCAACAGCUUGAAAAGCCAGUCGAAAGACUGAUAAUGUCGAAAAGUCAGAAAAACAUAACAUCCUAUCGUUGCAAGCGGAAUGUAAGUAAAAUUAAAACUUUUGAAGGAAGAUCUCUAAACGAACUAGAAGAUGGCGCAGAGCCAUUUGUUAGACUUAACGAGGAAAAGCCGCAUAUAGCGACUCAUCAGAACCGAACGCAAAAAGCUUGUUCACAGAAUAACCUACCUGAAGCUUCUUCACAGUACAGGUCAACUGAAGCUCUUGAUGAUGCUUUAGGAAAAAGACCUGUAAACAACCAGCUCUCUGCUGAAUGUAGCCAAACAUCACAAUUUGGAUUACAUCCUGAAAUAAAUCAUAAAAUUCAAAUAAUUUCGAGAUAUAUAUCAGAAUGUGAAGAAGCCGAUUCAAAGAAGAUUUUCGGUGAUGCUCUCACAAUUCUGCAAAUGGAUCCGUUUCCUAACAAUCCCCAAACAAAAAUCCACUUAGAAGAACUUCUAGAAGACGUAAAGCAGCCAAAUUGCUCUAGGGAAAAAUCGAACAAGUGGCAAACUUGGCUAAAAAACUUAAUAAAAAAGAAGGGAAUCAAAUCUGUUGCAUCUGGACAACUACAAGAAGGUGCCAUCUUUGGUAGAAUCCAACAGAUGGGAAUCCCAUCUGCUGCCCCGGGACAACAACAAGAAAAUGACAGGUUGGGUGGAAUCCAACAGAUGGGAUUCCCAUCUGCUGCCCCGGGACAACAACAAGAAAAUGUCAGCUUGGGUGGAAUCCAACAGAUGGGAUUCCCAUCUGCUGCCCCAGGACAACAACAAGAAAAUGUCAGCUUGGGUGGAAUCCAACAGAUGGGAUUCCCAUCUGCUGCCCCGGGACAACAACAAGAAGAUGUCAGCUUGGCUGGAAUCCAACAGAUGGGAUUCCCAUCUGCUGCCCCGGGACAACAACAAGAAGAUGUCAGCUUGGGUGGAAUCCAACAGAUGGGAUUCCCAUCUGCUGCCCCGGGACAACAACAAGAAGAUGUUAGCUUGGGUGGAAUCCAACAGAUGGGAUUCCCAUCUGCUGCCCCAGGACAACAACAAGAAAAUGUCAGCUUGGGUGGAAUCCAACAGAUGGGAUUCCCAUCUGCUGCCCCGGGACAACAACAAGAAGAUGUCAGCUUGGGUGGAAUCCAACAGAUGGGAUUCCCAUCUGCUGCCCCGGGACAACAACAAGAAAAUGUCAGCUUGUGUCUAAUCCUACGGAUGGGAAUCCCAUCUGCUGCCCCGGGACAACAACAAGAAAAUGUCAGCUUGGGUGGAAUCCAACAGAUGGGAUUCCCAUCUGCUGCCCCAGGACAACAACAAGAAAAUGUCAGCUUGGGUGGAAUCCAACAGAUGGGAAUCCCAUCUUGUGCACCCGGACAAUAUCCCAGUUUUGGGAAUGAGCGACGGAAUUCCGAACAAAUGAUGGCUAGAAGCAACGAUAUAAUACCAACCACAGUCUUGGAUAUGGAGAUGAAUGAAACGAAUUAGUCUUAACUAAAGACAUUUCUCUGAACACCUUCAAAUUUUUAACUAUUUAGUAAAACUUUAAUUUGUGAUUAUAUUGCUUUAACAUUUGAAGGGUUUAUCAGACUUUCAUGAUAAGGCUAGCUUUAUUAAAAUCUAAUUUGAAUGUCCGCUUCUACUGUAUACGUUAUGGCUUUUAUUUUGCACCAAAAUUUAUAUAAUUUGGUUUUGCACUGGAAUACAAAAUGGCUUUCAUGAAUUUAAAAAAUAUCUUUUAUCAUAGUUGCAAAUUUCGUCAGCUUCCCCUUCCAGAAGACUACUACAGCUUCUCCAGAGAAGUAAAGUUAUUAGGUAGCUAGAGUAUGGAGAGGGAAAGGGGUCGGCAAACAGUCAAUCGUGUGCUCAGUGUAGCCUAUCGAACAACAGUAACAAUCUUUUCGGGAAGAUGAGUAAAAAGUCUUACAAAACUGGAAAUCUUGUCCACUACUUGUCUAGAUAUGGAGAUGAAAACAAUGGCAUUGGACAAUAAACAUUUGAGAAUAAUUAAGUUUUUGCAUUAAACCUUUUAUGUCAAAUAUAACACUAAACCCCUACAGCUCCUA